AUGGAAUCCAGUACAGGCCCCCCUUCGCUUCGCCAGUUGGCUGGGAUCACCUCAUCCUCCUCGAAGCCUUUCAGGCCAUCUCCCCUUGCUACAGCGACGUCAAUUGGAGCUGUUCAUGACAGGGCUACGAAGAUAGUAGGGCCGAGCGACGGCCAUGAAGGACUAAAACUUUCAGGGAGAGUUAUUUCUGCAGCAUGUUUUCUACCUUACUCUCUGGGAUAUCGUCGGGGUGGUGAAUGGGAUCUGUUCCCACGACGUGGUUCUUCGGCAUUGUAUGAUGCUAUCAGGAAUCUAAGCUCCGAUGCAGCACCGUGGGAGACUACAUUUGUGGGGUGGACAGGUGAAAUUCAUGAACUUCCUCCAAUCAAACCAGCUCGGUCAAAUCCAACAGGGGGAUCGAAAAGCUCAGGGCAGUUCCCGAUAUCUGCGAGCUAUGCGCCGCAGAUGACGAGGACCAAGUCUUACCAUGUCCCGCCACCAGUUCCUUUGAUAAAGCACGACGGAAAUAGAAUGACAAUGACGGCAGACUACGGCACACAGGAGGACGAGGAAAUUAAAAUUUUAAAAGAUGACAGAGAUGAAUUGGAGGGUCUCUUAUCAGAGAAAGGAAAAGCAGCCGGAUGGGGUGAUGUUGUUCCUGUGUGGAUAGGAGGCGAUGAGGAUGGCAAAAUGAGCAUUGGAGGGGUAGAUAGAUGGAGAAAUUAUGCAGAGAGAGUUAUUUGGCCGCUAUUCCAUUAUAUCGUCCCACAAGACUUCUCCCCUCACGAGGGGUCUGCUCUCCAGGAACGUUCAUGGUGGCGCGACUACCUGGAAUUUAACAACGCCUUUGCCGAUGCUAUCAUGAAAGUGUAUAAACCAGGUGAUAUUGUCUGGAUCCACGACUAUCAUCUGUUGAUGUUACCAGAGAUUCUCCGUCAACGGGCUGGCAAAGACAUCUAUAUCGGCCUUUUUAUGCAUGCGCCCUGGCCCUCUAGUGAGAUCUUCAAAGUUCUCUCUCGUCGCAAGGCACUUCUUUCAGGAAUGCUUUCAGCAAAUAUGCUCGCUUUCCAAUCCGAUACCUAUAAGAAUCAUUUCACAUCGUGCUGUAAGAGACUACUGGGGUACACUGAGAGCUAUAAUGCUCGGGGUAAUGUCACGGGCGUAGAUACCCACGGAGCGCAUUGUGCCGUUGAAGCUUUGCCCAUCGGAAUUGAUGUGGAGAAACUCUUGAACGCGGCCGAAAGUGCAAGCAUUAGUGCCAAGAUGGAAAUUAUCAAGAAUGCGUAUGUUGGGCGUCAAAUCAUUGUUGGUAGGGAUCGGCUUGAUAGUGUGCGCGGGGUUGUACAAAAGUUGAGGGCUUUUGAAAGGUUUCUGGACCUGUAUCCGGAGUUUAUCGGCAAGGUUGUCCUUAUCCAAGUCACUUCUCCGUCCUCACUAUCUCAAUCUUCUACCAUCGAACACCAAGUUGCAGAACUAGUUUCACAUAUUAAUGGGAAGUACGGGUCGUUACACUUCUCACCAGUUCAGCAUUAUCCCCAGUAUCUAGAGCCAGAAGAAUACUACGCACUUCUUCGUGUCGCAGACCUUGGCCUUAUCACUUCUGUCCGUGAUGGUAUGAACACAACCUCACUGGAGUACGUCGUCUGCCAAAAAGAUAAGCACGGUCCGGUCAUCUUAUCUGAAUUUACGGGUACCGCCGAAUCCCUCACCGACGCAGUAAUUGUCAACCCUACAAAUACCAGAGGAGUCGCAGACGCCAUUGCCACCUGCCUAUCCUUGACAGACGAGGAGAAGAAACACCUUCACGGAAAGCUCUACGAAUACGUUACUACCAAUACCGUACAAACUUGGAACUCGCAGUUCCUUAAUAAACUCCUUGCAGAAUUAUCCUACCAGUCAACCAACUCAAUGACACCAGAACUCAAUCGACGACGCUUCUUGGAGGCAUACCAAGCCGCAGAAGAGGGGAAAGGAAAGCGCUUGUUUAUGUUCGACUAUGAUGGAACUCUUACUCCUAUCGUUACUGAUCCAGAGAUGGCUAUUCCCGCUGAUAAGGUUGUGAGGAGCAUCAAAAGACUUGCGCAGGAGGAGGGAAAUCAGGUUUGGAUCAUCUCGGGUAGAGACCAGAAAUUUUUGGAAGAGUGGUUGGGACACAUCGGAGAGCUCGGAUUGAGCGCGGAGCAUGGAUGUUUCAUGAGGAUGCCAGGAAGCGAUACAUGGGAAAAUUUGGCAGAGAGUGUGGAUAUGAGCUGGCAGAAGGUUGUCAUGGAGGUAUUCUCUCGAUACACGGAGCGCACUCAAGGGUCUUUCAUCGAACGGAAAUCCGUAGCUGUGACUUGGCACUACCGCCGUGCCGACCCUGAACAUGGCGCGUUUCAAGCUCGCGAAUGUAUGGCUGAGCUAUCUAACCUAAUGAACGAGCUUGGACAUGAAGUCGAAGUCAUGACUGGAAAGGCGAACCUAGAAGUUCGACCUAAAUUUGUUAACAAGGGCGAAAUCGCGAGAAAGUUGGUCGAGACUUCCGAUGUACCUCCAGGGUUCAUAUGGUGCGCCGGUGAUGAUACUACUGAUGAGGACAUGUUUCGAGCCCUCGAAAAAGCGGAUCUUCCAAAAGAAACGGUCUUCACUGUAACUGUUGGUCCAGCCUCGAAAGAAACAGAGGCUAAUUAUCACCUUUUGGAACCAGCUGAUGUCGUCGAGGGCAUUAGCUUGUUGGUAGGAACUACAACCCUAGAAGAAAUUGAGAAAGCUAGUGGGGAAGGGAAGCCAAGCCUUUAG